UAAAACCAGCAGACAGACGGACGGACGGACGACGGGACCGGAAAGAAAGAAAAGACAUGUGGAAUAAUCCGCGAGCUGCGCGCGCGACACCCUGAGGAAUAUUUCCGCUCUUGGAGGAUUAUUUUAAAAAAAUUUGUUUUUCAUUUUCGGGCUGAAUUUUUCUGGAUUUGAUCCCGCGGCUGCUUCCUGUCGGGACUUCACGGAGGGAACACACACACGCACACACACACACACAGACACACACACUGAGAGUUCAGCCCGGUACCGGACGGCGCGUGCACACGCGCGCGCGAAUGUGCGUGCGUGUCCAGGUGUGUGUGCCCGCUCACAGCUUUCAUUUAUUGCUGUUGUUCUUAAAUUUGAUGUUUUUCCAACGGAGUUCUGCUCAGCUCCGGGCUCCUUGCUUCUGACCUGUGCGCUUGCGUGCUCUGCGUGUCUCACACCAGGAGCAAUUCAUAAACACCUUUAUUUUUUAUUUAUUUUGCAGUGUGUGUGUGUUGUGGGUGUGCACGUGCGCGUCCACGCCACCCCCCCCCCUGUCCACGCGGCAGAUCAAUGAGGAUGGAUUUAUUUACUUUAGCACGCGAGGAGAAGCUUUAAAUACUUUUGAUUCCUCUUGUUUUCACCGGAUGGAUUUUAAAUCUAAAAUAAUAACACUGAACCAUUAAAAAACUGGACUUCCCUCCGCAGAAGAAGACAUGGCGGACUGAGCGGCGUCCUCGAGGCAGACGGUCCCGUCUGAAGUAGAAACCAGAGCACUGCGGGCCCACAGCAUGGUGGAUGCCAGCACAACUUACAGGAUGAACCCGCUCGCUGCCCUCAGCAUCGACCGCAACGCUCUGGUGGGGGAAAACUACCGCCCCCACGGAGGAAUUUUCUAUCCCGGCAUCCAUCCUCUCUCUACUGAAAAGCCCCAGGAGGCUGGCACUUCUCUCCCGCUUGGUUAUGAUCUUCUGUACAAACCAGAUGUAACCCUGUUGGAUGGCCAGAAAUCCGCAAAUGGAUAUGUUGGACUUUAUAAAAGCCCACCACCAGGGUUGCAGAAACCCCUGAUUGUCCCUGCUGCAGGAGGUGAUUCCCUGGGGCUGGACCGCCACAUUAUACCCAAUGACAAGCAGUCAGAACUGGGCCUGAAUGGUGCCAGCAGCUUCCUGAGAUCGCCCUGGAUGAGCCCUUAUGCCGAUGCAACAAUGUACCCCUUCUUGGACAUGGCAUACAAGGCCUCCUUCCUGUCCCAGCCAUCACCCUUCAUCCAUCAGCAGCUGGCAUAUCAAUCUCUGUGUGCCGCUGGGGCAAGAAGCAGCACACCUGGGGAAGACAGACUUUUCUACCUGCCUCAUUAUACCCCGGCCCAUAUCUCCUCCUCGCUGGGCCCUCCAAUCAGGAUCCCUACGGCCACUCCAGCCCCUGCUGUCCUUUCACCUCUGCCCCACUGCCAGGACAAGGCCCUACAGGGACUUGGUCCUCAGGUACAUCAGGAACACUCUGCCUUCAGCACCAGUUCACAGAUCCACCAGGAGCCCCAGCCUCAAGCUGUUCACCAUACUGAGCGACAACAUGGCAGCAGUAGCAGUGGCGCAAAAUCCAGUCAGCCCACUUCCACCAAGAACACUCUUAGCAGCAGCAGUGGUGGAAGUAGUGGUGCCCCUGUUAACAGUUCAGCUAGCACUGCUGCCUUAGAGUCAACCCCAGUUACCCGUCCUCCCCCACCCCAACCCCUCAGCAACACCACUACAGACCUCCAGAAGUCGCUUUACAGAAGCACCUCCUCAUCCUCAACCACACUUUCAGUGUCUCACCCCUUUUACAUGUGCAGCCUGAGCUCUGAGAACUGCUCUCCCAUGCACUCAGGCAGCAUCAAAACCAAAGAUGCCAGCUCAGACCGCUGUAGUGCAGAGAAGUGCAUAUCACCUGCAAAGACAUCACUGGACAGAGCUGUACCUCAAAAGCCUGCCAAAAACCCAGGGGAAAAACCAUUGGAUCUGUCUGCCAAAGAGUUGGAAGGAUUCUCAAAUGGAUUUCCAUCCAAAUUAGAGGCCCUGUCCAAGUUGGGGUAUUUACCAUCAUCUCGUUACGGGCUGCUAGCCAGUCAGGACCAGCACCUAAAGGAGGGUCUACCCCCACCUGUUAGCACGUCAGCAAAGACUCCAGAUCGUCCUGAAAUGAUCAAUACUGUGUCCUCCCCUUGGGUUGUUCCCGGUCCUUCCCCUGCCAUCAGCUCUGUCCACAGCAGAGGCUCCCAAAUUAUGAAAAACAAGAGUGUAGACAGUGUUUCUCAUCAUCAUGAGCCUCAAAGCUCACCUGGCUCCACUACAGUUGAGGUAACCAGUAUUCCCAGCCCUGCCUCAGGGGGAAGACCCUCUGCAUCAUCUCCUUCCCCAAAGUCCAAAGUUGAAUGGUCACGAGCCCCCCUUACUGAUUUGGAGAAAGUCCAUCCAAGCAGUAAAGGAGAAACUCGUACAUGCCUUGGAAAACAGAGCAUAACUCCAGCUAAACCAGAGACUCACAAGAGCCAACCUCAUCCACAGCAGCAACAGCAGUCUCAUGUGGAAAAUGGAAACUCUUCCAGUCAAAUUUAUGGUGAGUCCUACCUCCCUCCUGGAUUAGGUUACACAAACCGCUACAUCCCAUAUGCAGUUGCUGAGAAUAUGUCCUUGCAACGCAUGACCAUACCAGGCAAAGGGCCUGUCUAUCCCCACCCAGUCUUGCUUGGCAGCUGCAGCUUUUACCCACCUCGUAUUGCACCAAAACAUGGCCUUCUAUAUGGAGUACAUCCAAACCAGGGUGACUUCAUGACAUACCAGAAUUCCCGGGGGAUGGCCCCUCCACCUGCUUCCUCCCACCCAGGUCUUGACUGUCUUGAGACCCAGGAUAAAACCUGGAAUGCAGAACCAUACAGGAACCAGGAAAGGCCGGAUGCUGACAGCUCCCAAAAGAGUGACAAUGAGAGAGACAAGUCCACAAACCAAACCACAAAGGCUUCAGGCAAAAGCCUUACUUCUGUCAGAGAUGAUGUAGUUUGUAUUGACCUGGUGCGCGAUGAGGAAGAUGAUGAUUUGUCCACCAACAAGCACAGCUCCCUAUCUACCAUAAGAGAAGAUUCCUCCAAGCAUGGUGGCAGUGGCUGUAACCACAUCCAAGAAAGAGAGCCAUCCCUCCCUCCCAGCCAGGUUGCAGAUCAGAGACAAAGCUUACUAUCCCAAACUUCCCAACCACAGCCCCCUCAUCACAACUCUUCUUCACCUCCUAGUGAUCAGAUCCCAGAAGAGAUCCCGGAAGAGGAGGACCUUCCAUUCCCAGACAUCCCAGAGGAGCAGACGAUGCGCUGUGCUCGAACUUCUCCAUACCAAUUUUCUAGAAAAUGUAAAAUUGGAGCUUCUGGUGGUGCUGGGGACUUGCUAGCGGGCGUCACUAGUGGUAGGAAUAAUGGUGUUGAUGGGAAGAGUGCUCGUAAUGACACUAAGUCAGAGACCUCAACCAAUAAAACUGCUAACCCUGAGCAAAGCCCUUCCCGAAAUGGCAACUCAUUGGGUCCUUUUAGCAAAGGAAAUUCUUCUAGUGACUGUACCAAUUCUAACAACAUCAUGGGAGCAGUGUCUAAAGUCACCAGUCACAAGAGUCCAGCUUCUGGGGGCAACUGUCAUUCAGACAGUCCAGUUUGCAGCAGUAAGGGACCUGCAUGUAGAGAUUUCAGUCCCCAGGUCCCAGCAUGUAGGAGUUUUAAUCCCAGGGUUCCAGUUGUGAACAGCAGGGCCCCACUGUGUGUUAACAUCAACCCAAGAAGUCCCACAUGUAACAGUGGAGAUGCAAACAAUACAAAUUUUGUCAACAGAAAUUUUGUGGGUCCAUGUUGCAGAAAUCUGGCUCUGAGGGCUCCAACUUGUGAACCCAGAAUUUCCAGCGGUCCAACUCAUGGAAAUAGCAACCCUGUGAGUCCAAACUGCAGGAGCAUCAAUCCCAAAUUUACAAAUUGUGAAAACCACAAUGCCAUGCACCAAAUAUGCGGAAACGUCAAUCUCAGGGCUCCUGCAUGCGGAAAGAACAGUUUUAGUUGUCCAAAUUGUGGAAAUACCCUCUCUAAAGGCCAGUCUUUUGGAAAUAACCAUACCUGUGUAAAUAACAACCUUAGGGUCCCCACAUACGGAAACAAUUUUCCUCGGGGCCCAAACUGUCGGCACCUUUCACCUGGCAAUCCUAUCAAUGGAGGCUUUAACUUGAUGCCUGCAGAUCUGACGCCAGAACCGCCAGUUAACAAAGACCUAAAAUGUGAAGGCCGUUCCACCAAUGAGACAGAACCCAGGAGAGAGGAGCUAAACUCUAGCCUCACCACUGCUAGUUGUGGAGAUGGGAAGAAAGACAUCCUGGACAGCAUGGAUCCCCUGGCAGACGAGGAUGAUGACCCCGGCUGCAGCAAGAACCGGCGCUCCGGCCUCACCAAACGCAUCGCCAAUUCAUCCGGCUACGUGGGCGACCGGUUUAAAUGUGUGACCACGGAGCUUUACGCCGACUCCAGCAAGCUGAGCAGAGAGCAGAGAGCACUUCAGAGAGCAAUGCUGCGUUUCUCCGAGCUGGAGCUGAAGGAGAAAGAGGGAGGAAGAGGAGAAGAAGAAGAUGAUGAAGAAGAUGAUGAAGGAGAAGAAGAAGGGAUACCGGCAGCAGUGGUGGUGGCGUCAGGGGAGACGGAGCUGGCAGAUGGCCAGCGGGGAGACGGAGGGAGGGAAGAAGAAGACGAGGAGGAGGAGGGUGGAGGAGGAGGAGGAGGGUGGGAGCGCUGCCAGCAGAGCGAGGGGAGGCGAGGAGGAGGAGGAAGAACUCCCUCCGCAGCCACCGCCGAGGAACCGAGAGGUUUCCAUCCAUCUUGCCCUCACAGCCGCCCCCCUGUCCUCCCAGUGUGCCGCCACUCCGACAACCUCCAUGUCCUCAGAGAGAAGGAUGACAGCUCCGCGGAGGAGCAGAAGAAGAACGAAGAUGAAAAAGGAGGUUUGCAGGAGGAGAAGAAGAAAGAGGAGAGGAGUUUUGUCUCACAGCCACAACAACAAAGGUUCCUGUCCACAGCCAGAGGCCUGUUUCAGGGAAACGCCUCCAUGCCGACCUCCACGCCAGCACUUGGAGGCUCGAAUCUCAGCACGGUGAUAAACCGGAGGCGUAUCUUUAGUCUGGAGCCUUUCCACCAGAGCAGCAUCAUCAGCAGCCGGCUGAAGAGAGGGAGGGAGGAGGAGAGGGAGGAGGAGAGGGAGGAGGAGGACAGGACGGGAAACCACAACAAGAAAACCAAGUUAACCAACGACUCGACCCCGGAGGACGUGAAGAAGCUGAAGGUUUGCAUCGAGCUGAAUGGCCUCCGACUCAACAAGCCCCGCCUCCCCGGGGACCUCAGCCAAUGGCUGCCCUCUAGCCAGAGGGCGGCGGAGGUCGACAGGAAGUUCAGAAUGGACGUCCCAGCCGUCAGGGGGAGGUCAGAGGUCAAUGGAGGCUGGUGUGACCCUACGUUUGUGAGGAGGGACGACCCGAGAGUUUUCCACGUGGCUCCGCCCUCUUCUCCCGCCCAUGUCCCCCGGCAACCGUGCAGCCCCGCCCCUCGGCAACCCUCCCCUGCAUCCUUCACCUCCCUCUCCUCCUCCCGCCUCCAGGACAAGCAUCAGAAGCUGAAGGAGAACUGCAGGGUCUCCGCUUUCCUCCCGUCCUUACCUCCUCUUCCUCCCUCCUCCUCUUCCUCGCCUGACCCCCGUCCCUUCCGCUGCCACGACGACGACGACCUCGACAAGCCGAAGGGCAAGCGUCCCUGCAAGAUGAAGCACACGGGAGGAGAGACGGCGAGGGAGGAGGAGGGGAGAGAUGGGGGAGGAACCGACGAUGAGAAGAAGAGCGGAAAGGUGUCUCCGUCUGACCCGUCUCGCUCGCCCAGCCAUCAACCUCCCUCUCCGCAGCACACACACAUCGCCCGGCCCGCCCCUCCUGAAGUCCGCCGACUCAUCGUGAACAAAAACGCCGGAGAGACGCUGCUUCAGCGCGCCGCCCGCCUGGGAUACGAGGAGGUCGUGCUGUACUGCCUGGAGCGACGGAUCUGUGACGUGAACCACCGAGACAACGCCGGGUACUGCGCCCUGCAUGAGGCCUGCGCCCGAGGCUGGCUGGGGAUCGUACGCCACCUGGUGGAGCACGGAGCUGACGUCAACUGCAGCGCUCAGGAUGGAACCAGACCGCUGCACGAUGCCGUGGAGAACGACCACGUGGAGGUGGUGCGUUUUCUGCUGGCCUGCGGCGCCGACCCCACCCUCACCUCCUACUCUGGACGAGGGCCAAUCAACAUGACCCACAGCGCUGCCAUGGAAACCUUCCUGGAGGACUAUCUCUCCGACCUCCAGGGAAGGUCGGAGGGCGAUCCAGGAAUCUGCUGGGAGUUUUACGGCAGCUCCGUGUGCGAGCCGUCCAGCGAGGGAGGAGUGUAUAACAUUCUUGCUGACCCUCCUGGGCCAGAGGAGGAGGAGGAGGAUGAAGAGGAGGACGAGGAUGAGGAGCAACGAGCCAGGAGAGAGGUGUUUGAGUUUGAGCUGUCCGACAGGCCACUGCUCCCCUGCUACAACAUCCAGGUGUUACUGUCCCAGGGCCCCAGGAACUGGCUCCUCCUCUCUGACGUCCUGGGUCGACUUCGGAUGACAUCUCGGUCUUUCCGGCGCCUCUUCCCACAGCUCAACGUGCAGUCCGUCCCUGAGGAUGAGUUCUACCGGCAGGCGUCCCUUUCGCAGCUCCUAACGGGUCCUGAUGAGCAGGAGCUGGCCUCCUUCAGGCCGGAUGUCAAAGACCCUUUGGAGUUGGUGGAGGCCACUCCCGAGUUGGCCGGCAUGCUCGGCUCCUCCCUGGAAUUUGUGGACACUCGCUGGGACUCGCUAGAAGCUUCGCCACCUCCAACACCACCCCCACAACCAAGACCACCACAACGUAUUCCACCGUCAUUACAACCACAGCGACAGGGGGCGACAGAAGCUGGUGCUAAAGUGGACAAUGCCUUGCAAAACAGGACUGCAGAGUCUGGACAAUGCCAAGGACUUAAAAAUCUGGGAUAUUCUACUCUGGCAGCUAAAAUCGAAUCCAAAAUGGAUGCUAGCAUGUGGGAACCGCAAAGAUUACAAUGUAAGAAUAUGGGAUUGCUUCACCACCUCCAACACCACCCCCACAACCAUCACCGCUAAUUCAUGAUAAUUCUGAAUCAAAGAUGGACUGCAGAGUCUAACAUGGGAUACUACUCUGGCAGCUAAAAUCGACAAAAUGGAUGCUAAAACCGCAGAACACUGGGUGGGAUUGCUAAUUCUGAUAAUUCUGACUCAAGCAUGGACUCUAACU